AUGGAUCCGCUCGACAGCGUUAUCAACGCCGUAGCAUCCCAGGCACAACUGUUGGAUAACCCUAUCAACUCCGUAGCAUCCCCGUUACAACUAUCGGAUAAAGUUAUCAACUCCGUGGUAUCCCCGGCGCAACUUUUGGAUAACGUUAUCGAUUCCGUGGUAUCCCCGAAACCACCCGUAGAAAAACCAGUACGGUAUUGUCUGAUCUGUGGCGACAAAUCUUCUGGAUGUCACUAUGGAGUUUUGACCUGUGAAGGAUGCAAGAAAUUCUUCUGCCGUGCGUACGACAAGGAGUAUCAAUGCAGAUACAAGACACCAUGUGCGAUCACCCCGAAAACUCGAAAUGACUGUAAAGCGUGUCGACUCAAAAAGUGCAGAGAAGUGGGAAUGCAUAAACAGUCUCAGCCUCCGAAACCAGCCAACACCCGCCCACAACCAAUCGACACCAUUCAACGUGAGCAUUCUGGACAAGCCUUCAAAAACGUUUCCACAAAAAAAGAAUUUUCAGAAUCUCUGCUCCCAGCCAUCAACAACGUAUCUCUGCAACCAGCCAACAACCGUCAACAACCAAUCGACACCAUUCAACAACCUCUGGAACCAGCCAUCAACGGCCAACAACCAUUCAAUCCCACUCAAAAGGAAAAGUUUGAAUUCGCAUGGAUCACCCAAAAUAUUCAUCAAUUCCAUUUGCCAACAUAUGGCUAUUCGAAUGAGAGAAUGAUGAUGAUGACGAUCAAGGAUGUUGAACUGAAGACCAACACGGAAACUCUCCAACACUUUAUCAACGAAAUCGACUCCGACAUCAAAUCCUUCAUCCCCUUCACCAGAAACGUUCCAAUUCUCAACGACAUAUCCUCCGAAGACAAAAUUAUUCUCCUGAAGAGACACGCAUUCUCCAUUUAUCUUGUUCGAUCCGCACCAGCUUUCACUGACUGCGGAUUCCUUCUCAAGAAUGGUGGCAUCAUUGCCUGGGAAAAGUUCCACAAACUCUUCUACGGGGGGUUGGGAAUCAAAAUGAAGUCAUUUGCGACUGCGAUUGAAUUGAUGCAUUUUAGCGAGGCGGAACUCGGAGUGUUCUUGAUGCUUAUCAUGCUCCAACCGAUUUUAAUGAAAGACGUCGUGAAGACGGGAUUCGAUAAUGUGUUUAUGCUGAUUGAAAAUUACGCUCUGAUCUCCAGAACCUUGUAUUACAAAUUGUCAACUCGAGAUCAAGAAGAUCGAUUGUUUGACAGGAUUCAGGGACUCCUCGAGCAGGUUAACACUAUUAAUAAUCUCCACAAUCAAACCCUUGAUUUGAUAAGAAAAAACCUCAUCUGCUUUUCUGUUCCUCGCCUAUUCUCUGAAAUCUUCGGUGUCCCACGGACCGUAUUGGAUGAAGAAGUAGCCGAGCACAAGACCAACACGGAAACUCUCCAACACUUUAUCAACGAAAUCGACUCCGACAUCAAAUCCUUCAUCCCCUUCACCAGAAACGUUCCACUUCUCAACGACAUAUCCUCCGAAGACAAAAUAAUUCUCCUGAAGAGACACGCAUUCUCCAUUUAUCUUGUUCGAUCCGCACCAGCUUUCACUGACUGCGGAUUCCUUCUCAAGAAUGGUGGCAUCAUUGCCUGGGAGAAGUUCCACAAACUCUUCUACGGGGGGUUGGGCAUAAAAAUGAAGUCAUUUGCGACUGCGAUUGAAUUGAUGCAUUUUAGCGAGGCGGAACUCGGAGUGUUCUUGAUGCUUAUCAUGCUCCAACCGAUUUUAAUGAAAGACGUCGUGAAGACGGGAUUCGAUAAUGUGUUUAUGCUGAUUGAAAAUUACGCUCUGAUCUCCAGAACCUUGUAUUACAAAUUGUCAACGCGAGAUCAAGAAGAACGAUUGUUCGAUAGGAUUCAGGGACUCCUUGAGCAGGUUAACACUAUUAAUAAUCUCCACAAUCAAACUCUUGAUUUGAUUAAAAACAACCUCAUCUGCUUUUCUGUUCCUCGCCUAUUCUCUGAAAUCUUCGGUGUCCCACGGACCGUAUUGGAUGAAGAAGUAGCCGAGCACGUAAGACGAAUUAAAGAAUCACAAGAAUAUUUGAAAUCUCGUGGGUUAUUGAAUAUUCUGUGA